UAUAAACAUGGGCAUGCCGUGAUAACCUAAAGUAGUGAGAAAUAUUAUGAUAAACUAAUAAAAAAUGCAAGUCCUCGAAAUAGAUAAUGUUAAGAUUUUCAAUCUUAGCGCUGGCAAAUCUUUACCAGAUUGGUUAACUGAACGAAAGAAACGUGCAUUACUGAAAAAAAAUGUAGACCUUCGGAGAAGAAUCGAACUCAUCCAAGAGUUCGACAUGCCGGGAGUCAGUACCAACAUACGGGCAUCUAAAGAUGGACAAUACAUAAUGGCAACAGGCAUUUACAAACCAAGAAUAAAAUGUUUUGAUGUCAAUAACUUAUCUCUCAAGUUUGAGCGUUGUCUUGAUUCUGAAGUGGUUACAUUUGAAAUAUUGAGUGAUGACUAUACAAAGAUUGUCUUCUUACAAUGUGACAGAUAUGUAGAGUUUCAUGUUGGGCAUGGUCGCCAUUACAGAUUGAGGGUUCCCAAAUUUGGUAGAGACAUUGCUUAUCACCGACCCUCAUGUGAUCUCUUUGUUGUUGGAGCAUCAUCUGAAAUCUACAGAUUAAACUUAGAAGUUGGCCAGUUCAUGGCGCCAUAUGUAACAAAAGCCCAUGAAAUAAAUUGUUCAGCAGUUAGUGAAGAUCACGGCCUGCUUGUGGUGGGCACAGAGAGUGGGCACGUGGAGGCUUGGGAUCCACGGACAAAGUCCAGGCAGGGCAUACUGGACUGUGCCUUACAUUGCACAGACUCAGAAUACAGAAAUGAAGGUUUACCCGUGAUUACAUCCAUAAGAUUUGAUGGACCACUCAGAAUGGGAGUUGGGACAAGUACCGGACAUGUCCUUCUGUACGACAUCAGAUCCAGCAAGCCCCUUUUAGUCAAGGAUCACAUGAACGGACUGCCAAUCAAAAAUUUACAGUUCCAUGAAACUAAGGAAUAUGUGUAUUCAAUGGAUUCUACUGUUGUUAAAAUAUGGGAUAAGAACACUGGCAAGCAAUAUACAAGCAUUGAAUCAUCAGCUGACUUCAAUGACCUUUGCAUCAUUCCCAAUACUGGACUAAGUAUGAUGGCAGUGGAAGAUCAGAAGAUGCAAGUUUACUACAUUCCAUCACUAGGCCCUGCCCCGAGAUGGUGUGCAUUCCUAGAUAACUUGACAGAUGAAUUGGAGGGACAAGGAAAACAGACUGUGUAUGACGAUUACAAGUUCGUGACCAAGCAAGAACUGGAGUCUUUGGGAUUGGACCAUCUCCUUGGCACAAAUCUUUUGAGGGCAUACAUGCAUGGAUACUUUGUUGAUGUGCGACUUUACAAGAGAGCCAAGUCAAUAGCAGAUCCAUUUGCGUUUGAAGAAUACAAGAAACGUAAAAUUAGAGAGAAGAUCGAACAGGACAGGCCAUCAAGAAUUAAAAUUGAAGACAAUUUGCCUAAAGUCAAUAGAGACUUGGCGUCCAGACUUAUGGAGAAUGAGGGUAAAAGGAAGAAGCAUCCAUCUAACCUUCUUAAAGAUAACCGAUUCAAGGCUAUGUUUGAAGAUCCUGACUUUGAAGUGGACAAGUCGGCUGAAGAGUACAGAUUACUGAAUCCGGUGCUAUCCAGGCUGGAUAAAGAUAAAACGAAACCUAAAACAGCAGAAGUUGAACCUAUGGAGGAGCACGAACCUGAGGACAAAGACUCAGAUAAGGAGCUUUAUCAGUCUAGCGAGGAAAGUUCGGACGACGACCGCACAUGGGUGAAAGAAGUCAAGAAGCAACACAAAAUGAUCAGAAAGAAACACCAACACGAACAUGACCAAACAGAACACAAGGAACAGGUUUACGAAUUCAGUGAAACACCCAAAACAACGAAUAUCAAAACAAUCACAAAAGUAAACAAGGCAAGUUUAGGAGACCGAUUAGCUAGGGAGAACUUUACAGCGACAGUCGCCGGUACUGGAGGUAACAGGGAGAUGAAGUUCACGAUGAGAGGCAAGAGAUCAGAAUCGGAGGCACAAAGGAAAAUUAAGAAACACUACCAAGAAAGAAAACAGAUUGUCAGGAGAACAGGAUAUUUAAUGAAAAAGAAACCAUCUAAAAUGUAAACUAUCAUGUUGCAAGGACGUCUUUAAUAAAUUUGAUAUGUUGAA